AGGCAAAUUUAUUUUAAAAAAAAAAGCAAUGACGUGCAAGAGCGUAUCCAGUGGACCCGCGUGUUCAGGCUGCAGUUAAUAUAAAAAGGGAACGCGUUCUUUUUCUUUGAACUGUUGUGAAAGAUCCCUUGAAAUCGACACAAGUUACAAAAUGCGUGAGUGCAUAUCGAUACAUGUUGGUCAAGCUGGUGUCCAAAUAGGUAAUGCUUGCUGGGAGUUGUACUGCCUUGAGCAUGGCAUCCAACCUGAUGGUCAGAUGCCCAGUGAUAAGACAAUUGGAGGUGGAGACGACUCCUUUAACACUUUUUUCAGCGAGACUGGAGCUGGAAAACAUGUUCCAAGGGCAGUUUUUGUGGACUUAGAACCUACAGUUGUUGAUGAGGUUCGUACUGGAACAUACCGACAAUUAUUCCAUCCAGAACAACUAAUCACAGGUAAAGAAGAUGCAGCUAAUAAUUAUGCUAGAGGACAUUACACCAUUGGAAAAGAGAUAGUUGAUCUUGUUCUUGACCGCAUAAGAAAACUGGCUGACCAGUGCACAGGUCUGCAGGGAUUCCUGAUCUUUCACAGUUUUGGUGGAGGGACUGGGUCUGGUUUUGCAUCACUCCUCAUGGAAAGGCUGUCUGUAGAUUAUGGAAAGAAAUCAAAACUGGAAUUUGCCAUCUACCCAGCACCUCAGGUUUCAACAGCUGUGGUUGAGCCCUACAAUUCUAUUUUGACUACACACACAACACUAGAACACUCUGAUUGUGCCUUUAUGGUGGACAAUGAAGCUAUCUAUGACAUCUGUCGUAGAAAUUUAGAUAUUGAGAGACCAACAUACACCAACUUAAACAGACUCAUUGGUCAGAUAGUGAGCUCAAUCACUGCCUCAUUACGCUUUGAUGGUGCAUUGAAUGUAGAUUUGACAGAAUUCCAGACCAACUUGGUUCCAUAUCCAAGGAUUCACUUUCCACUGGUCACAUAUGCUCCUGUCAUCUCAGCUGAAAAAGCCUACCAUGAACAACUGUCAGUUGCUGAAAUUACCAAUGCCUGUUUUGAGCCAGCUAACCAGAUGGUGAAAUGUGAUCCCCGUCAUGGCAAGUACAUGGCUUGUUGUAUGUUGUACAGAGGUGAUGUUGUCCCUAAGGAUGUCAAUGCAGCCAUUGCUACCAUCAAGACAAAGAGGACCAUCCAGUUUGUCGAUUGGUGUCCUACUGGAUUUAAAGUAGGCAUUAACUACCAACCACCAUGUGUUGUUCCAGGAGGAGAUCUUGCCAAGGUCCAGCGUGCUGUUUGUAUGUUAAGCAACACCACUGCAAUUGCUGAAGCUUGGGCUCGUCUUGACCACAAGUUUGACUUGAUGUAUGCUAAACGUGCCUUUGUGCACUGGUAUGUUGGUGAAGGUAUGGAGGAAGGUGAGUUUUCAGAAGCUAGAGAAGAUUUGGCAGCCUUGGAGAAGGACUAUGAGGAAGUUGGAGUGGACAGUGUAGAGGGUGAGGCUGAAGAGGAAGGAGAGGAAUAAACUUGAAUAAAUGUUGUUAAACGGACUUGUUGAAAUAAAAAGUUAAAAUUC